AUGGAAGUUGAAGAAACUAAUUCAGUUGAUAAUGCUUGGGCUAUGAAGAUACCCAAAUUUACACCCGACGAUAACCCGCAUGGCCUUUUAGAAGAAAGUAAAUUCGCCACAUUAUUUCCAAAGUAUCGAGAGCAAUACCUGAAAGAAUGCUGGCCCUUGGUACAGAAAAUACUUAGCGAACAUCACAUUGUUGCAGAAUUAGAUUUAAUUGAAGGAAGCUUAACAGUAAAAACAACAAGAAAAACUUGGGAUCCAUACAUUAUUAUUAAAGCGCGAGACUUCAUGAAGCUGUUAUCGAGAAGUGUUCCGUUUGAACAAGCCUCUCGUGUGCUAGAUGACGAAAUUGGAUGCGACAUUAUUAAAAUUAAUUCAUUUGUUCGCAAAAAAGAAACCUUUUUGAAGAGACGGCAGAGGUUGAUAGGACCUCAGGGUGUUACAUUAAAAUCCAUUGAAUUAUUAACAGAAUGCUAUGUUUUAGUCCAAGGUAAUACAGUAUCUGCAGUAGGCCCCUAUAAAGGUUUAGUGCAAGUAAGACGAAUUGUUGAAGACACAAUGAAAAAUAUACAUCCUAUGUACAAUAUAAAAAGUUUAAUGAUUAAAAGAGAAUUAAUGAAAGACCCAAGGCUAAAAAAUGAAAGUUGGGAUAGAUUUCUGCCAACAUUUAAGAGCAAGAAUGUGCCAAGGAAGCAACCAAAGAAGAAAGCCAAUAAAAAACCUUAUACUCCAUUCCCACCUCCACAACCUGAAAGUAAAAUUGAUAAGGAGUUGGCCACAGGGGAAUACUUCCUUAAGGAAGAUCAAAAGAAGGCAAAGAUUCACCAUGAAAAACAAGAGAAACAGGCUCAAGCUAAGAGAGUACGAGAUGAACAAAGACAAAAAGAUUUUAUUCCUCCUCAAGAAAAAAUAGAAAAACCUACAACAUCAAGUACAACCACAGUAGAUGUUGAUCAACUAAAAGCAAAAAUGAAAAAGUUUACAAAACGUAAAUCACUAAAAUGAAAACUUCAUGUGUUUAAUUAUAAAUGUGUUAACAUAUUGAAUCAAUAAAAUAUGUUUUAUCUCUUUA